AUGGAGACCCCCAUCCCCACUCUGCUGCUGGUUCUGGGCGGGAAGUGCCUGCUGAACUGGGCCGUGGUUCUGGCCCAGAGGGGCCCCAUGGUCCGGAGUUUUCUGGGAACGUUCUGCGUCUCGUUGGCUGCCACAGAUUUGCUGCUCUCCCUCGCUGUCUCCGCCAUCUUCUUCCUGGGUGACCUGAGUGUUCUGGGCUUGCGCCUGACUCGGUACCACAUCUGCCUGCUGGCCCAGGUGGCCUGCUUCACCUACGGCCAGCUGCACUGGCCCGUCUUCCUGCUGGGGGGUCUGGACUUCGCCUGGACCCUUUCCCCCAGGCCAGUGCGUCUAGGCUGGGCCCGCAGACUGGCCUACCCCUCGGGGGUCUGUGCGGUCUGGGCCUCGGCGUUGCUCUGGGUCUUCUCGGGCUCGGGAUUCGACCCCUACAUCGAGGGGGGCCCCCACCUCCUGCUGCGGCAGUGUCGGGUGUUCCCCAGCCCACAGAGCACCCAGGUGGGCGUGGUGCUCCUGCUGGCCGUGGGCGUCGCCCUCCUGUGCUGCUGUCUGGAGUUUCUGCCAUGCAGGAAUUCUGGGAUAGCCAUGGGAGGUGGGGGAGGGGCCUCAGUCACGAGGUGUUGCCAGAAUGCCACCCGCCACUGCCUCUACCGUACCCUGGCAGACUUCCUCAGCACCUGGUAUGCCUUUGUGAUCCUGCUGGUGGCGCUCUUGCUGCUGCGGGUGGAGACCCCAGCGUUCCUAGACAUGAACGUGCCCUGGCUCUGCUUCCUGAACAGCUUCCUGAUCGGUGCCAUCUGUUGGUGGAGGUCCCCAACGUUUCAGUGGGAGAGGGACCCUGUGUUCCCAGAUGGCUUCUGCCGGUGGCAUUUUCUCAGGUCGGUGUCUGCAGACAUCAAUGGCAGAAAAACAGAGAGCUCCAGGUCCUCUCACAGAAACAGGAUUCACUGA